AUGUGUGCGACACUCUUACGAAAUGUUAAAUUACUUAAUUUAAGGCCAAUUGCGGCUUUGUCCAAUUGCCAGGCACUGCACACAAGUAGCUUGCUCUGCAAGUGGCGGAAUGUGGCCUCCGGCGAGGUGGAAAGGAAGCUCCUGUCCGGCGACAGGCUUCCGGAUAACUACAAGCUGAUCUACCGCGCCCCCAUCGAGAGCUACGUCACCUGGACCAAGAACAUGUCCACUGCCACCACCUCCAUUCUCGGUUUAGUGGCCGCCUAUCACUGGGCGACGACCAUGAAUUACGUUAACAUGGUCCAGAAAAUGGACAUAGCCAUACUGGUGUCCCAGGAAACCGAUCUGUACUACUUCCUCGCAGGAUUUGUGCUCAUUAAUCUGGCCAUUCGCACCUUUGUGGCGAAAUAUCCCCUGAGGAUCUACAAGAGUUCCGAAAAAUAUGUGGCUGUCUAUGGCUCCCAACUGCCGCUGGGAACCGUGAAACACUAUUUCGAGAGGGGACAAAUAGCCGAGUACAAAAACUUCUUAAAUCCCUGGAGCCACAUCAUGUACAAACUGGGCAGCCGCUCCUCCAUGCUGCUGGUGGACUACUUUAAAACGCCCUCGGAGUUCCACCAACUGUUUGACACCAAACAAGAAACUUAGAUUUUAUAUUCAUGUUGUAAAUUGUUUUAAAAAAAUAUACAAGUUUUCCUUAAAA